AUGGCAAUGACACCUUUGAAAUAUAAGUGGAGAACAAUCGCUCUCAGCUACCUACCAUUUUAUGCAAGAAUAUUUGCCACAUGGCAAAAUGGUGGUAUAGGAUUAGAUCUGGUUGCAUUCAAUAACCAGUUUAAUAGCGAUCGGAAAAUAGAUCAUCGGAUUAAUGCAAUUUUAAGACAACAUAACAAUGGAAUAGAGUCAGUUAAAUAUGCAGAUACAUUUAAAUCUUUAGAUAAUUUAGAAGAUAAUAAAUUCUUUUCUACAUUAUUUGAUGCAAUAAAUCAGAUGUUGAAUGAGACGCUCACAUUUUUCCAUACACCAAUCAGUUCUACAAUUAUUAUUGAUGAGAGCGAUUCAUUGAAGCCCAAAAAUAGAACAAAACGUUUUAGCAAUCCAGAAGGGAUCGAUUUAAAGUCUAAUAUAACAAAUUCAAGUGCUUUACAAAAUCCAAAUGAAAAUAGUAUCCUAAAUUCUACAACAGUAAAUGUACACACUGAAAUAGAUAAAAGCAAUAAAACUAUCGAAUCGAAGAGUAAGUUAUCUAAUGAGAUUAAUGGAAUGUUAAAAAAUAAUUUUGACGUAUUUUCAAAUGCAUCCAUGUUCCUUUAUGACAUACCUCAAGUCUAUCUGUUUUAUGAUUCCUCUGGAUUUUCUUUUAAUGAAGGACCUUCGUAUUACAUGCCAAGACCCUUACAGAUGGACUCUUAUGCAUUGAAGAAUCCUUUUUGGAAAAAGUCUGUGAGAAAGAAUGACAGGAAAUCUAACUAUUUAUCUAUCAGUCCUGAGGGAAAUUUUGUGGCUACAUCCUCCAGGCACCACCCCUUCCUCUCCCAUCUUUUUUCCUCUGGAUGUCAAAGAAUGAACCCAAAAUACGCUAUCAAAGAUACACUUCUCAGUCAAUGUUCUGGGUACUCUAGGGACGAUGUAUAUUGCGAGAAUAUUCGAGUUAUUUAUGAUGCAAUUUAG